AUGGUGAUGGUGUCUGGAUCUUUAGUUUGGUACAAGGGAUCUCCAAACCGAUCCUUUGCUUUUGGAAACGCAAAAACUCUGCGUAAUGACAACUCGAGUAGAUUUGGGAAAUACAUGGAUAUCCAAUUUGAUUUUAAGGGAGCUCCUGUCGGAGGGCACAUCCUCAGCUACCUGAUUGAGAAAUCCCGAGUUGUCCAUCAAAACCACGGAGAAAGGAAUUUCCAUAUUUUCUACCAGUUAUUAGAGGGUGGAGACAAGGAUCUUCUUUGCUGGCUGGGGCUGGAGCGCAACCCCCAAAAGUACGCGUAUCUCAUCCAGGGUCGAUGUGCCAAAGUGUUUUCUAUUAAUGACAAAAACGACUGGAAAAUAGUCCGCAAAGCUUUUUCUAUCAUUGACUUUACUGAAAAAGAUACAGAGAAUCUCUUUGGAAUUGUUGCUAGCGUCCUGCACCUUGGGAACAUCCAGUUUGAAGAAGAUAGCAAUGGGCAUGCCAUCAUUCGUGAUGGCACACAGAUCAAAUGGAUUUCAAAGCUACUGGGUGUGCACUUGUCCAUUCUGCAGGAAGCUCUCACCCAUCGGAAGAUCGAAGCCAGAUCUGAAGAGGUCCUGAGCCCUCUGAAUGUGGAUCUGGCAUUCUACGCUCGGGAUGCAGUAGCAAAGGCGAUUUAUGGACGAACUUUCACUUGGCUGGUCAACAAAAUUAACGGCUCUCUAGCCAACAAGGAUUCAACUCGGAAAACAGUUAUCGGCCUGCUGGAUAUCUAUGGGUUUGAAGUGCUGGACACAAACAGCUUUGAGCAGUUCUGCAUUAAUUACUGCAAUGAGAAGCUCCAGCAGCUGUUGAUUGAGAUGACCUUGAAAGCAGAGCAGGAGGAGUAUGAACUAGAAGGAAUAGAGUGGGAACCAAUUCCAUAUUUUAACAACAAGAUCAUCUGCGACCUGGUUGAGCAGAAGCAUAAAGGAAUAAUCUCCAUUCUGGAUGAAGAAUGCUUACGACCUGGGGAAGCAACUGAUCUGAGCUUCUUGGAAAAGCUGGAAGAGAAAGUAGGAGAUCAUGCCCACUUCGUGACUCGCAAGCUGGCAGACCAGAAGACACGGAAAUCGAUUGACUGGGUGGAUUUCCGCCUCCUCCACUACGCAGGAGAAGUCACUUACUGUGCUGUUGGAUUUCUGGAGAAGAAUAAUGAUCUCCUGUACAGAAACCUGAAAGAGGUGCUGUGCAACUCUAAAAAUGCCAUCAUUAGAGACUGCUUUUUACUGUCAGAGCUCGACAACAGGAGGAGACCAGAGACUGUUGCAACCCAGUUCAAAAACAGUCUGAUGAGCCUCAUAGACAUCCUGAUGUCCAAGGAGCCUUCUUAUGUCCGAUGCAUUAAACCGAAUGAGAACAAGGAGCCUGGGAAGUUUGAUGAUUAUCUGAUCCGACAUCAGGUGAAGUACCUGGGACUGAUGGAGCACUUGCGGGUGAGACGAGCCGGCUUCGCGUAUCGGCGGAAGUAUGAGCUCUUCUUGCAAAGGUAUAAAUCCCUCUGUCCAGCUACUUGGCCACAUUGGCAUGGCCCAGCAGCUGAGGGUGUGGAGAGGCUCAUCAAGCACAUUGGUUACAAGCCUGAGGAAUACAAAUUAGGAAGGACCAAAAUAUUCAUUCGGUUCCCAAAGACCCUGUUUGCUACUGAAGAUGCGUUUGAAUUCAGAAAGCAUCUGUUGGUUUCAAGACUACAGGCCAAAUACAAAGGAUGCCUUGGAAAGAGAGCCUAUGAGAAGAAGAGAGCAGCAGCUAUCAAGCUGGAGGCUUGCUGGCGAGGAGCACUGGCACGGAAGAAGGCCAAGAAGAGGACGUGGGCAGUUCAGACCAUCAGGAAAUUCAUAAAUGGUUUCAUCAAUCGGAAGAAACCCCUUUGUCCAGAGAACAUUGAAUUUGUGCGGCUCGUGCAGUACAAAUACUUCAUGAAGCUCAGAGACCACGUUCCAAAAAAUGUCUUGGACAAGAGCUGGCUUCAACCUCCUUCCAUCCUGGAAGAGGGAGCUCCUGUCGGAGGGCACAUCCUCAGCUACCUGAUUGAGAAAUCCCGAGUUGUCCAUCAAAACCACGGAGAAAGGAAUUUCCAUAUUUUCUACCAGUUAUUAGAGGGUGGAGACAAGGAUCUUCUUUGCUGGCUGGGGCUGGAGCGCAACCCCCAAAAGUACGCGUAUCUCAUCCAGGGUCGAUGUGCCAAAGUGUUUUCUAUUAAUGACAAAAACGACUGGAAAAUAGUCCGCAAAGCUUUUUCUAUCAUUGACUUUACUGAAAAAGAUACAGAGAAUCUCUUUGGAAUUGUUGCUAGCGUCCUGCACCUUGGGAACAUCCAGUUUGAAGAAGAUAGCAAUGGGCAUGCCAUCAUUCGUGAUGGCACACAGAUCAAAUGGAUUUCAAAGCUACUGGGUGUGCACUUGUCCAUUCUGCAGGAAGCUCUCACCCAUCGGAAGAUCGAAGCCAGAUCUGAAGAGGUCCUGAGCCCUCUGAAUGUGGAUCUGGCAUUCUACGCUCGGGAUGCAGUAGCAAAGGCGAUUUAUGGACGAACUUUCACUUGGCUGGUCAACAAAAUUAACGGCUCUCUAGCCAACAAGGAUUCAACUCGGAAAACAGUUAUCGGCCUGCUGGAUAUCUAUGGGUUUGAAGUGCUGGACACAAACAGCUUUGAGCAGUUCUGCAUUAAUUACUGCAAUGAGAAGCUCCAGCAGCUGUUGAUUGAGAUGACCUUGAAAGCAGAGCAGGAGGAGUAUGAACUAGAAGGAAUAGAGUGGGAACCAAUUCCAUAUUUUAACAACAAGAUCAUCUGCGACCUGGUUGAGCAGAAGCAUAAAGGAAUAAUCUCCAUUCUGGAUGAAGAAUGCUUACGACCUGGGGAAGCAACUGAUCUGAGCUUCUUGGAAAAGCUGGAAGAGAAAGUAGGAGAUCAUGCCCACUUCGUGACUCGCAAGCUGGCAGACCAGAAGACACGGAAAUCGAUUGACUGGGUGGAUUUCCGCCUCCUCCACUACGCAGGAGAAGUCACUUACUGUGCUGUUGGAUUUCUGGAGAAGAAUAAUGAUCUCCUGUACAGAAACCUGAAAGAGGUGCUGUGCAACUCUAAAAAUGCCAUCAUUAGAGACUGCUUUUUACUGUCAGAGCUCGACAACAGGAGGAGACCAGAGACUGUUGCAACCCAGUUCAAAAACAGUCUGAUGAGCCUCAUAGACAUCCUGAUGUCCAAGGAGCCUUCUUAUGUCCGAUGCAUUAAACCGAAUGAGAACAAGGAGCCUGGGAAGUUUGAUGAUUAUCUGAUCCGACAUCAGGUGAAGUACCUGGGACUGAUGGAGCACUUGCGGGUGAGACGAGCCGGCUUCGCGUAUCGGCGGAAGUAUGAGCUCUUCUUGCAAAGGUAUAAAUCCCUCUGUCCAGCUACUUGGCCACAUUGGCAUGGCCCAGCAGCUGAGGGUGUGGAGAGGCUCAUCAAGCACAUUGGUUACAAGCCUGAGGAAUACAAAUUAGGAAGGACCAAAAUAUUCAUUCGGUUCCCAAAGACCCUGUUUGCUACUGAAGAUGCGUUUGAAUUCAGAAAGCAUCUGUUGGUUUCAAGACUACAGGCCAAAUACAAAGGAUGCCUUGGAAAGAGAGCCUAUGAGAAGAAGAGAGCAGCAGCUAUCAAGCUGGAGGCUUGCUGGCGAGGAGCACUGGCACGGAAGAAGGCCAAGAAGAGGACGUGGGCAGUUCAGACCAUCAGGAAAUUCAUAAAUGGCUUCAUCAAUCGGAAGAAACCCCUUUGUCCAGAGAACAUUGAAUUUGUGCGGCUUGUGCAGUACAAAUACUUCAUGAAGCUCAGAGACCACGUUCCAAAAAAUGUCUUGGACAAGAGCUGGCUUCAACCUCCUUCCAUCCUGGAAGAGACAUCUGAGAUGCUACAGAAAAUCUGCAUUAGGAACCUGGUGAGGAAGUACUGCCGAGGUGUUACUGCUGAGAGGAAAGUGCAGUUGCAGCAAAAAGUGGUAACAAGUGCUGUUUUCAGAGGGAAGAAGGAGGGCUACCUGCAGAGCAUAAACCAGCCUUUCAUGGACACCCGACUAAAAGAGAACGAUAUAAACCCCAAAGUACUGCAGCUCAUCCAGGGCGAGAAGAUCAAGUACGCGACCCCCGUGAUAAAAUACGACAGGAAUGGGUUCAAAGCACGAGACCGGCUGCUUGUGCUCACCCAGUCCUCGGCCUACGUGGUGGAAAUGGCCAAGAUCAAGCAGAAAAUAGACUAUGCCACCCUGAAAGGCAUUUCCACCAGUAACCUGAGCGAUGGGAUUGUAGUCAUUCACGUUCCUGAGGACAACAAGCAGAAGGGAGAUGUGAUCCUUCAAUGUGAGCACGUCUUCGAGACGGUCACUAAACUCUGCAUGCUGGCCAAUAAGCAGAACCUCGUUAAAGUUGUGAAGGGAAGUCUCCAGUUCCGCAUUGGCUCUGGGAAGGAAGGGACAAUGGUGUUUACUGUUGGGCAGGAGCCUCAGGUCUUCAAAGCCAAAAAUGGACAACUCACAGUGGUGUCAACCCAGGCAAGUUCUUGAUGAGAAACAGCUCCUGUUCCUGGUCACCAUCGUGUUUGGGAGCAGAAAGGAACCUGCAGGAUGAAACCAGCGCUCGCGCCUCCCCAGGA